CCGUGCAGAGCACCAGAGCAGUAAUACCCGGCGGUAAGGGGUUUAUCCGCCCGGCUGAGCGCUGUGUCGGUUGAUUGUAAAACUGAACUCCGGGGAUUUUUAUUCCCGCAGGAAAGACGGAGCGACGCUUCCCUCUUAAGAUUUCCAGCAUUUUCAUAUCACAUUCCUGAAGUUUCUGAAGAGCUCAGCAGACGGGCCGACAGCAGACCACCAGGACCCUUCAGUCUGAGGAGGGAUAAAGACAGGAGUGUGUGUUUUCAAGUGAAGUGGCCCCUGUGUUUGCUGGAUAUGGCUUUUCUGUGUUUGAGAGAAAGACACUGGGACCAGAUCUGAGGUCAAGACCUUCCGUCUCCUCCCCUCCCCCCCGGAGUCACAUGACAGCGCGAGGCACAACCCGGGGUUGCUAUAGCUACCGACUGAAAUAUUUGUAUACUCACUUGGAAAAGCAACACAGACAGGAUCUCUCAUUGGGAGGGGAACGAGCCAGAGGAGCUUCAAAGUGAGUUUGCUUUGUAAACUGUUCAUUUACCCCCCCCCCCCCCCCUCCUCUCUACCCACAUACACACAGUGUUCCCCUCCUCUCAGACAAAGAGACGUUUUCCCUGAAUCACCUCAAAUUGACCAAAAUGCCAGCAAAGACACCAAUGUACUUAAAAACUACAACUCCCAAGAAGGGUAAGAGGCUGAGGCUCCGGGAUGUGCUCUCAGGGGACAUGAUCAGCCCCCCGCUGGGCGACGUGCGUCACAGCGCACACGUGGGGCCGGAAGGUGAGGGCGACAUGUUUGGAGACGUGGGCUUCCUGCAGGGGAAGAUGGGCAUGCUGUCGGGGCUGAGCGGGGGGCCGGACGGGCGGUCCCACAGCGUGGAGCAGCGCCUGGACCACGGCCCGGACCCCCACAGCUACGCCUACAACGGCUUCCACUACCAGCACUCCUCCAGCGGCCUGCUGAAGACCACCAUCUCCAUGCCCGUGUUCAUCGCCCACGAGCAGGCCCCACCCAAACCCCCACGCCUCCACCUCGACGACCCCUCCCCUCCUUCCCAACAGAACCACUUCCACCCCCACCAGACCCCCACAGACUCCAGCCACAGACAGGCUAACGGCCACAGCCGCUCGGACAGCCGCAGCCAGAUGUUUGAGAAUGGGUUGGUGGGCCGCCUGGCGUCAGAGCCCUGCAGAGACGUCUCCCUCCCCCCUGCCGUCCGCCGGCUCGUCCCCUCCUCCGGGUCCUUCUCGGAGGGCUCCUCUGAGGACUCCAUGUCAGAGACCUGCGGGCCCCUGGACAGUCGCCGGGGCCUCAGCCUGGACUUUGAUGCCGGCCUGAGCAAUGAGGACCUGAGGAGUGAGCGCAGUGACUCGCCCAGUCCCCCCUGCCGCCCGGCCCCUCUCACCGUCUCAGGGGGGGUGUCCAGGUCAGACUCUCUGAUGGGGUUGAAUCUGGAUCUGGGCCCCUCUAUCAUGGAGGAUGUCCUGAGCAUCAUGGACCGCUACAAGACUGAGGACAACCGCUGUGAGCUGUGAACACUCUGUGUACAGAUACAUACAUCCUGAAAGACUUCAUACAGAUGCUAACAAAGGAGACUGGACGGAGGGUUGAGAGAAGACUGCUUCACAGUGCUUUUGAACAUGUAUCUGGGUAUAUGGAGUGCCUGCCAUCCCACAAACUGAAGUAUUGAAACCCGGUCUGUGUUUUGUACGGGUUGUCCAUCAGAAAACAUGGGAUUACACAGGCUAUUCAGAUGUGUCCCCCUCUUCUCAUGUCACAUGCAGGCUCCCUGCACUUCUCAGGAGGGGGGGCUAAAGCGCUACAGCAGAGCGUUUCAGACAGUGUGAAUACAGGUUUAUUCAGACAGGCAGUAUGAGAACAAUGAUGUGUUUUGAGAACAUUAAAGCUUGUAAAUAUGUUUUAGUAGAGACCCAAUGUAUGAACCUGAAAGUGAGCAUAUGACCUCUUUGAUAAAGGUGAGAAGCAGGUGGACUUUGUUGUGUUGGGACGUGUCUGCCCGAUGGACAACAGACAAGGCAGAAGGCUGGUCCUUAAGAGCCUUUAACAAAGCUGAAACUCCUAACCAUUCACAUUUGAAGAUAAUAGUCCACUUCCAUCUCAAACACAUUCUGUGGACGGAAUACUGGCCUCCACCGACAUUGCAUUGUCUAUCACUCUGAUUAAUGCUGAGCAUGUUCUGCUUGGUAAUGGUUAACAAAUUGCUGACUGUGUAGAUGUGUGGGGACGAAUCAGCAGCUCAGGACUCAUCCACAGCCACUAAUGUCUUACAACUACAGAUGCUCAAAUAAUACAUUUAAAGUCAUACUAAGCUGAAGUGCAAACAUCAUUAUGCUCUGUCCAUAUUCUGUCCUUAUUCAUCCUGGCUGCCUGUUUCAGAAUCAUUCAUAUUGAUAUCUUUACUGGUUUACUGUAACGCUUCAAUGCCAGAAGAAAUGUGAAGAACUCCUGAUUUGCCUCUCCUCUUGUAAAAGAUGAAGAUGCAAGUUCAAAUGGUUUCUAAAGUGACAUGUGAGAACAGCAGCGCUAACAUUUCUUUCUUUCUCUUGAUCAGAGGGAAACAGACAGAGCGUGUUAUUGUAGUUCAACUCAUCAAAUGUUAUUAGAGCUUUUCAAACCUUGGUCUUUCAAAACACUCCUCCUCCACGUUGUGGCUCCCUGUCGGCCUCCAGCACCACCGUCUGGAUAUCACAGUAUCACUCACAUGUCAUUUAUGCUGUUUAUAUCUAUAUGACUGUAAAUGUAAGAAUAAAUUGUUAUAUACUGAG